AGAUUCAUGAUGGACACUGCCUAGUAGUUUUGUAAUUACCCCGAUUUACAUCAGCAAGUUGUAUUUAAAUUGUAGAUAAUUAUGGUGAGCCACGAAACGCUUGUAGCGGAGCUAUCCGUGGUCAGUAGCAUGAGCACUGAGGAUAGGUUAAAUCAUGCUCAAAAAAGAAGAAUUGAACAAAUUCGAAAAUGGAAUGAAUAUGAGAAAAAACUAAAUGAUGCAAACAAGCCUAAAGCAAAUCUUGGAAAGUCUGUUAAAUUUGGGGAUUGCGUAACUUUGCUUGAAGCUGCUGCCAGGAAUGAUUAUGAUGAAGUAAAACAUCUGCUUGAAAGUAAAGUUAACCCGAAUGAAGCAAAUGAUGAUGGCCUAACUGCCCUACAUCAGGCGUGCAUUGAUAAUUUUGACGGAAUCGUUGAACUUUUAUUGGAGAACGGCGCUUACGUUAACUCAGUGGACAGUGAGUUCUGGACGCCACUCCAUGCUGCUUGUACGUGUGGACACACCAACAUUGCACAAAUCCUUGUGGAUAGGGGCGCUAACCUUCUCUCGCUUAAUGCUGACCAAAAUAUGCCGUAUGAUAUCUGUGAAGAAGAAGACACACUGGUUUAUAUCGAGCGUGCUAUGGCUAAAAAAGGUAUAACCCAGGAAGAAAUAAAUGAUUCAAGGUCGGCGAAAGAGCGAAAAAUCAUGGAGGAUGUUGUUGCUAUGGUUGAAAGUGGGGGAGAUAUUGAGAAAAAGGAUGAGAAUGGAGCUACCAUUCUUCACAUUGCUGCCGCAAAUGGUUAUGUGGACCUAACUAGAUACUUCCUUCUUCAAACUACCAAUGUAAACAUCCAGGAUAAUGAUGGAUGGACCCCACUGCAUGCUGCAGCUUGCUGGUGCCAGAUGGAUAUUGUUGAGAUUCUUGGCCUUGAGUCCAACGGUGACCCUUCAAUUAAGAAUAAACUGGGAGAGCUUCCUGCAGAUGUAACGGAGGACGAAGAGAUUAAAGCCCUGCUUAAUAAACUCAAAUCGCAAAAAGAAAAGCGAAAGAAGUUCCACGGUUUCCUGAAAUCGAACGGUCGAAACAGCCACGCUAGAGCAUCUGGAAUGCGGGGCCAAUCGUUUAAAGGUCGUAGCAAGCGAGAUAAAAAGAAUGGAAUUUCAGCCGUCGAGGCAAAAUCCGAGGCUCAGUUCUGGAUAAAAGGGCAAGACACCGAGACGGAUAUGGUUCCUAUUUCCAAGCCACAGCCGAAUCUCUUGACAUCUCAUGACUUAGAGGGAAAUUACGUCCAAACAUCGAACGAUUCCGACUCCCUCUCGUCAGAAUCGAACAUUUCGACCGAAAAUCGGAAAGACAUUGCCCCAGUCGAGGCUCCAAAACGCGACAACAACAACAAGGGUUCGAAGCCCACCCCUUCUACUGCAGAUCACGACAAAUCCGUACCGACCAAACGAUCAAAAAACGGCCUUCUAUCCAGCAAAGAGGGCGAGACAUUAUCUGAUUACAAGAAACGACGAUCAAAAGACGCUGGAGAUCCAGCCGCCCACAAAUCUCGUUCCAUUGGAUCUCCUGCCCUGGACGGCGACAGGUUGGCUAUAUACCAACAAGUCGCUGGUUCGAAAAGUCGCAAGAAACGAAGCUGCUUAAUUCUUUAACAUAUUUUAUUUUCGUAAUCCGGAUUGCUUUAUAGAGUUUAUCGCUUAUUUCUUUCGUUAUACGUUGUACUCUACCAAAUGUUCCGUUUUCUGCCGUAAUGUGCUCACAAUGCAAGAAUGCGACGAACAAUCCGUUUCAGUGACGUCACAGUCCGCAUUUUGUUGAAACAAUCCUCUCCAGUUAUUGAUUGCUUCGUUAAAAUACGGUAAAAAUCCGGCGUUUGUAAGACCUUGUACGAAAACCUUCUGGAAACUGUGAUGUUAUUCAAAUUCUAAGUAAUCGAUUUUGCUUAUUUUGCUGCACGGCAAGCAACUCGUUGCUACGCUUGCAGAAAGGUGUGCAUCCCUAUUUAUUAUACGACACUGUAUUUGAUCACAGAGUGUAUACUCGGAUCGCAUGUUUAUUGAUUGUGACAUUGAUUUGCUGAACUGCACUUAUUGCUUGUCACUGAGAUAUGACACCCCACACGAAUAUCCACUUUGCUUCACACGCCGGCUAUUACCGCUGCUACACCGGACUAUAUCACUACCAUGGCUUCAAGAACCGUGUUUACCGCUGGGACCUUGUAACGAACAUAACUUCAUAUACACGGUAUAAAUCCCAAGGUCACAAGCCUUAUAGCAAACGUGCAAUAAACCUUCGUACUUCAAUCUAUCCCACAAAGUGGUAGCAUCAUAUUCCCGCUUAGUAUUUUUCUCUUCCAAAUUUAAAAUGUCGUAACGCUUUGUUUGACAGCUAUACCCGAUCUCCGAAUUGAAAACUGGCCAACCAUACGUGUGAAAUUGCGUUUUAUAACUCAGUACAAGCGGUCCAAAUAUCUUGUCCAACUGUGAAUAAUGGUGUUACAAUUUCUACCCCACUAUAUGUAGCAUCUGUUUCAUUCGCUUUGGUUUUGUAGCUAAUCGUGCAAUCCGUACCCGACAAUUCUAUCAAAUGUUUUUCUUGUUUUUUUUCGUGACCUUUUAAGUCCUCACCAAAUAUAUAAGAAGCAUUUGUUAGUUGAAUUAAUUUUCCACAAUCAUUUGCAGUGCAAUGCUGGCUAUGAUUGGCUCGUGUUGUUUCAUUAUCUAAUAAAGUAGAGUGUUUCCUAUGUA